AUGCGCGAAGUCCCAGAGUGUUUCGCGCGCCGAUACCAAGCCAUGGACGCGCUGGUUAAAGAUCUGAGUUCGGAGACAACCCAGUCCAACGAGACUGGCGACCCUGACGCGAAAGACGAUUACGGUUUAAAACUCAUGUGCAAAUUUUGGAAUAUUCUGAAAGAGGAUCCUGUCUGUGAUUUGCAGAGGGCAGAAAGAGGAAAUAGUGGCAUAUAUGGGUCACAGUUCUCGUGCUACCAAGUGGGUAAAAAUCCAUCAAAAGGAACAUGUGGCAAAUCUUCCUGUCCAAAAACCGUCGAUCCCGAAUCCAAAGCAUCAGCCACUUCGUGUUGUAAGAAAAAACCUAAGCCGGAGAGUCCGUGUGGGACUUGCUGUCACAUAUGUGGCCCUCCACCACCUCCACUAGAGACGCCUCUUUCACAGGCGCUAACUAACAUGAAGCGGGCUGCUUCAACGGAGAAAAGAUGUUACGAGAAAGCAACAGAGCUAUUGAGUGUUCAAGAACACUUAAAGGCGCAAAUCAGUCGGUUAGAACAAAGAGAACAGGAAGAGAUUAAGCUAUUGAAUGAGGCAGAUACCAUUUGGAAGGCCAUGGAGAACGAAUACAAGCAGAAGCUAGAACAGUCAAAGAAAAGACAAGAGGAACUACUAAAAGAGCUAACCGUAGUCCAAGUGAGUGCAAGUAAGUGGAAAAAAAAUAAAAAAAAUCUUGAAGAACAGAUGUCAACAAUAGAUAAAUGCAUACAAGAAAUGAGAGAUACAUACAGAAAUAAAACAAAUGACAUCAAAACCAUACAAGCGGAGACGGCGGAUUUAGAACAAAAACUUGUGAGAAAUACGAAUGACAUAAAGACCGCAUCGGCAACUCUUGAAGCCAAAAGAAAGUGUCAUGAUGAUUGCAUGAAGAAAUUGACAGAGGAGUCAAAAAAGUUACAAAUUGUAAAAAAAAAUGAAGAACAACUAAAAAAAGAGAAAAUUGAGAAAGGCGACGAAUGUAUUAAAGAAGCGAGAGAAGAAUUAGCUCUGCUUUGCAGAGUUUUAUUGAAAAAGAAGCUCGAAAAUGAAGAUCUCCGAGCAGAGGCAAAAGCCAUUGCGGAAGAAAUAGAUUUGCUUCAAACAACAUGCGACAAAUGUGGUGAAAAAUGCAAAAACAAGGAGCAGUCUUUGAAAUCGGAAAUCGCUAAGUGUGAAUCCGAUAUUAAAGAAUUCAAAUUGAAGUGUACCAAAUGCCACGUAUCAUCUGAUACAGAUAAUCUGAGAAAAUAUUGUACUGACUGCCCUAGGUGUAAAGAAGAAAUGGAGAUUUGUGCAUACAGUGGUGACACAUGUGAAGGACCACUGAAGCCAUGUAUUUGCGUGAAUGUUAAAACCCAUUUUAUAAACAAUGUGUUUGACAAUAUGCAGACAGUAUUAGAAAGGCAAAUUAAUACUAAACCUGGUAAAGUUGUGGCAGCUCAAGUUUUGGAAUGCUUGCAAAAAAGCACUAAUGGAAAGUUGGAUAGCGCAACUAGGAAAAAAUUGCAGGAAUUCAUUUUAGCAACAGUGAAAACUAAUUUGAAUUUGACUAUUAUUGGCGGAGCUGUCAAAACGCGCUGCGAAAUGGAUCCUGAUACAUACAAAGAGCUGAUGAAGUGUAUGAAUAUGAUUAAAACUAAAAAAAUAGAAAAAGCUGAAAAAGGAACUGACGCAAGAAACGAGCCCUGUGCCCGGUGGGGUGGUUCUAAUCAAUGCAAUUGCCCGAAAGGACCUAAGAAUUGUAUAUGUAUGAAAAAGGCUCCAAAGCCUGCUUCUGACCCAGAGCCUUGUGGGCAACUUGAAGAAGAUAAAGAAGAUAUUGUAAGUUGAUAUUAUUUAUAAAGAAUAGCAACA